AUUGAGGCCAUACUAUACAGGUUAUAGAGAUUUGAUGUGCACAUGUGUGGCUGAAAAUCGUUGCACAACGAAAUAGUUCAAGAUGUAUACGGAAUACCUUAAAUAGAACAGCACGUGGACAGAACACCAUAGUUGUUUGGAGUUGCACAACGAAAUAGUCAAACACGUGUACGGAAUACCUUAGUUGUUUUGUUUAACACGUGUAUGGAAUACCUUAGUUGUUUUGAGUUGUACAACGAAAUAGAUCAACACGUGUACGGAAUAAAUUUAAGUUAGUUGUUUGGAGUUGCACAACAAAAUAGCUAAAUACAUGUAUGGAAUAGCUGAAAUGUUUGGAGUUGCAUAAAGAAAUAGUUUAACACGUUCACGGAAUACCUUAGUUGUUUGGAGUGCAUGUACAUAGCGCAUUACGCGUACAGACUGUGACAGCUUAACAUUGAAGUUGUCUGACGUUUUUAACUCCUUAAUUUGUUAAAGACAAAAACGACUAUCAGUGAACUAUGAUUAUACUAUAGUAGGGAAGUUUGGGUUCAAUUUGGACUUGAAGCGGUAUAACAACGUUGCAAAACUUUUAAACUGAACAAAAUGAAUGUCAGACAGGAUAAAUAUCUUACAUGAAACAAUUCUCAGAGGUUUUACAGACGAUAAACAGAUAUUGAGAUGGUUAUUCAAUACGCUUAUACAUCAAAUCUUAUCCUGAAGUGGACCAUCAAUCAAAAACACUUUAUACGAGCAUCCGGGUUGUAAUUAAACGCCUGUCCAUUUUAUCUUAGCCUUAAACUGACUGAAUGUUGUACGAUAACGUACUGCUAAUAUAGUGCAAUCUUAAGUAGAUAUGGAAAUUAAAUUGAAACAUUUUCCCGUUGUCGAUCACUGAAAUUCAUGAGAGCUGAUACUGGGAGUCAUUGGAAUGUAUGUAACAUGUUUAGAAACAAACGCAAUUUUAAAGCUUUUGCUUUUAUUCUUAUAACGUGUGUGAUAUAUUUGUGCAUAAAAAGAAUGCCAUACAACACUUAUUCGCCGGUUUUGUUCAAUUCUUGCAACAUCACGGCUUUAGAUCCAUGGGACGAAUCGCUAAGGCCAUUUUUGAAAAAGCCGUUACGUCUUCCAUGUGAAGAAAAAUACGAGUUAUUUUACUUCCGCUCUGACGGACAGCUGUAUAUGAACACGUCAGUUGCGGACAAACACGGUCUCGAACUUUCAACCCAGGAGUGUUGGUUUCAAGUCAUUCGGAGAAUGGAUGGGGACUUACUCUUAAAGAUGUUGCCACGGCAACAAUUGCAACUUCCGAUGGAGAUUCGCGGCCAUAUAUUCCGUGUCACGUGCAAUGAACGUGGGAACAAUAUGACAAUAUAUGAUAUGGCACAUUUUAAUCCUUUCUUCAACGAAUAUGCAAAACGUGACUCCAAAAUAGAAGCUGAAACUGCCAGAAAGCCAAGCAUUAUUAUAUUUGGGUUAGAUUCAGUGUCAAGGUCACAUGCAAUUAGAAACUUACCAAAGUCAUACGCGUAUUUGCGUGAUAAACUCCACAGUGAUGAUUUGGAAGGGUUCAGGAAAGUUGGUGAAAAUACAUUUCCUAACAUUGUCCCUCUGUUAACAGGAAAGAGUCAGUCGUGGUUCCCACACAUUUUUCACCUCCGUAUGCAUACAGACUCUAUGCCUUUCCUGUGGAAUGAGUCACCAGCGGAAACUAUGGCGACAUUCUUUGCUGAGGACAGACCGGAUAUAUCUACCUUUAACUUCAUGAAAAGCGGAUUCAAGAAAAUUCCGACUGAUUUUUAUUUUCGUCCGUACACAUUGGCCAUGAAUGAAUUCGAACCGGUUUUCGGCAAAAAAUUGGGAAAACCUACGUGGGAUUGCUAUGGAAACAGAAACCAUUUCGAAAUUGAAAUUGAUUAUCUGAAAAGCUUUUUGCAGAAAUACAACAAGAGACGCAAAUUCGCCUUCUUCUGGUCAAAUCAAGUCGGACACGAACAUUUUACAUCCGUGAGUAGAGGUGAUGAACCGUUUCUAGAUUUUCUAAGGUGGAUGGUGUCUGAAACGGAUAUGAGAAACACCAUAUUUAUAGUGCUCAGUGACCAGUGACAGACUUCACUCUAUUAUUUCCCUAUUUAAUAAAGAGUAAACUAUAUCGGAAAAACCCCCAGAUUGAACUAGCCCCUGUACUGCUACCCGCUGUCGCACUUGAACAAAACUAUGAGAAUGCAGGUUGAUUUUUAUCAUCGGAGUUAGUCCAUAUCACUCAGAUUUGUUUUUCAAAUAAACAACAUAUUAUAUUCUGAAAAUAAAUAGCAAACAACAUUCGACAUUUAAUGCCACGCUUAUAUGACAAACGACAUUAUUUUUAUGCAAUCUUAAAUUAAGCAUGAUUUGAUUUCAGAAUUUUUUCACGAGUUAUAGCUAUUGUAAUGGCAUGCUCACUUAACAAAAAAAUAUUUUAUUGUUUACUUAACACGUAUCUUAAUUAAUAUCAAACACUCGGUACUGGUAGUAUUGAAUAUGAAAAGCACGCAUAUUACAUUGUUAACGUGCCUGAUAAAUGUGCACUGACGUAUGAUUCGGACAGCAAAACAAUAUUUGUUUUCAAUGAGCCAGGUAAAUAACACGUACCCAUGUAAAGUAUAUUUAUAAUAUUUACGACAUGUUAUCAAUAUGUCAUGAACACUGAAAUUGGGGAUUGCCAACUGCGACAUAGA